ACAAUUGCGGCUAUUUGUGGUUACAUAGCUGCAAUUAGUUUUGUGACAAUUUUGGCGAUUUAUGUCUACUUUAAGCACAAGAAUAGGAGAAGCGAUGAGUUGUUGUCGAGAAUCCCGAGCCCUAAAGCCAAGUAUCCAUUGAUUGGAAACUUAGAUCUGUUCAGAAUAAAAGGCGUUCCCCUCAAUGAAUGUGUAUAUAGAACUCUAGUCGCCUUAUCAAAAAUGUACGACAAAUAUGGUUUAUGUAGAAUUCAACUGGGUCCCACGCCCGUGGUCGUACUGUUCAAACACCAUACUGUCGAUACUUUAUUGACGAGUAAUACAAAUAUAGAGAAAUCUGAGCAAUACAUGUUUUUACUGGACUGGUUGGGCGAGGGGCUACUCACAAGUACCGGUGCCAAAUGGAAAGGUAGGCGAAAACUGUUGACACCAGCCUUUCAUUUCAAGAUAUUGGAUGACUUCAUACCGAUUAUGUGCGAACAGUCAGACAUAUUGGUCCAGAAGCUCAUGAGGGAGUCCAGCAAACCAUACAUCGAUGUCAGGGAACCCAUAACUCAGUGCACUCUUGAUGUCAUUUGUGGUGAGCCUUAA